CUCGAUGUCAUCAAUACAAUAUAUUACAUGUUACUUGUUGUGUACCUGCUCUGUGUUUCCCUGCAUAUCACCGAGGACGCCAUGUCGACUGUUCUUUUUUUUGGAAUUACAUUCUGCCGUAAAGCGAAGCGGACACGAGUUUUUUUUUCUUCUUCUCGUUUUGCGACAGUGACGUCCAUGGGCGGCAGUUUUUCUUCACGCCACAAGAUGGGAGUCUCGUCCCGCGAGCAAUGUGGAGACAGAAGGUCCAACUUUGAAGGAGCAGCCUGGUCUGCAGGAGACUCAGAGGUCACAUGAGAAUCGAUGAGGAAGAGAGGGCUGCACAGACUGGACCUCGCUGAAGCAGCACACCUCAUGAGUACGGGCAGCCAAGCGUCAGAGCGGCGCUUCAUAGACCCUCCUCCUCCAAUCUGUUAGGUCAGAUUUGAUCAAGAGAUGCCAGGAGAUGGGAAAAGAAGGGAAAGAGACAUGGGGAAUGACGUGCAACAAAAGUCCCUGCCUGGUGUCAAAGUAGGAAUAGUCAACCAGGUCCCAAAAGAAACAGGACAUAGGAUUGGGGGUGGGUCUGACUGAGAGUCCAUCCACUGUGUGCCGACCUUCACCUGCAACCAUGCACCGAUUGCACGUACCAGCUGUCACAAGGCCUGAGUCGGAGGUUUGGAGGUGCAGCAGGAUGCGAGGUGUACUGCCUGUGUGCGGAGCGCGGCACCUGCUGACCUUCCUCCUGCUUCAGACUGCAGUCUGUGGCAUGACCAGUGCUGAUGCCGUGGUGAAUAUGCGCAAAGUGACCCAUCAGACGAUAAGUGAGGAGCUAUCCAAAACUGUUCUCCUCCCCUGCCUCUUCACCCUCCGCCCCAGUGCCAGUUCAUCCCAUGAACCCCCCAGGAUCAAGUGGACUAAGGUCUGGGGCCAAAGAGGCUCUGACGGCCUGCAGAAGGAACAGUCAGUCCUGGUGGCUAAAGACAAUGUGGUCAAGGUGAAGAAGGCCUUCCAAGGUCGUGUGACGUUGCCUGGUUACAGCAUCAAUCGCUACAACGCCAGCCUUGCUCUGACCGGGCUGCGCUCCAGUGACUCCGGUUUGUAUCGCUGUGAGGUGGUGGUGGGCAUCAAUGAUGAGCAGGACACGGUUCCCCUGGAGGUCACAGGGGUGGUAUUUCACUACCGGGCCCCUCAUGACCGCUACGCACUGUCCUUCGCUGACGCCAAGAGGGUCUGCGUGGAGAACUCGGCAGUCAUCGCCACGCCAGGCCAGCUGCAGGCUACCUUCGCCGAUGGCUACGACAACUGUGAUGCUGGCUGGCUGUCGGACCAGACUGUCAGGUACCCCAUCCAGUCGCCUCGGCCUGGUUGCUAUGGCGAUCGCGAGGACUCACCUGGAGUGCGUAACUACGGCAAUAGGUCCCCUGAUGAGCUGUUUGAUGUUUACUGCUUUGCUGAGCAGCUUCAAGGCGAGGUCUUCCACUCCACAGUACCGGAGAAGCUGAGCCUGGCGACAGCCUCCACCCACUGCCACUCCCUGGGCGCCCAGCUGGUGACUGUCGGGCAGCUCUAUCUUGCCUGGCAGGCCGGUCUGGACCAGUGUGAUCCUGGCUGGCUGGCGGACGGCAGCGUGCGCUACCCCAUCAAUGUCCCGCGGAAGAACUGCGGUGGAGACGAGCCCGGGGUGCGGACCGUCUACAACAACCCCAACCGCACCGGCUUCCCUGACACCACAGCCAUGUUCGACGCCUACUGCUACAAAGCCCACCAACAAGCAGGGAUCCAGGCUGCAGAGGCACAGGCUUUACACCACACUGCCAACCCAGCAGCACAGGCCUUCUCCUCAGUCACUGAAGCCCAGCACAGUUCCCUUUUCCCCGAGACUUCCACCUGGACUGGCCUGGUCGAUUUGGAGAAAGCAGGAGCGCACUCCAUUGCCGGAAUCAACAACUCCUCCGAGAUCUCUGAGGAGCACAUUGUCAUCCAUCUAAGGCCCGAGUUGGGUUGGAAAGAAGGACAGGACGGCUCAAGUAGCAGCCAACUCAGCCAGGAGACUGAUGCCCGAAACGGCAGCAACACCUUGGGCCUUUCUGACCCAGAGAGCAUAGAGAGUCAUGGAGGUUCUGCCCAUGAGGAAGAAGAUGGCAGCUAUUUUGGAUCUGAAAACCCGAGAUUAUCCACCACGGCUUCUUCAACUGCCCAGCCUCAAACCACGAACAGCGUGUUGGCUGAGUUUGUGAACACUCUCAUGAGACCCUUUAGGUUCUGGACUGGAAGUGGGGAAGGUGAAGACAUGGAGAAGGGGCUGUCAGUGCCUGAGGAGAAAAUAGGAGAGAACCAGACGCAGGGUGAAGCACCCAGCAGAAACCUUAGUGUACCCAAAGCCAGCAGAACAAACAAGGGCAACAUUGACAACGCCAUCAUGGAGCAGAGGAGCGGCAGUUUUCCUUUCAGGGCUCCUACCAGUCUACAGUCGAGUCCAGUGGAAGGUCUGUCCGAGCAAGAGAAAGAGGUGAUGCCGUUGUUUCGAUUAGUGCCUGCAGUCCUUAGCACAGGGCAAAGCGAUACCAGCACCCGGCCAGGAGAACGAGCCUCCAGCACGUCUGCUGACGCCCCGCUGUCCACUGCUAACGAACUCACUGCAUCAAGUCCUGAUGAGAAAUCACCUCCUAGUGAGCAUGUCAACAUAUCCGGCCCUCAGGGACCCAGAGGAGGACCAGGCUUUGCUCCCGCCCCCAGCAGCCACUUUCAGUGGGCCAUCGAGUCCAUGCAUCGCACCAAGCUAGGACCCCAUGGAAACAUGGCCUAUGUGGUUAAACGUCCCACCUGGGAGCCCAUGGAAGCCAAAGCAGGGCCCCUCGAGGUGAUGACCAUCCCCAGCUCCCUCCGGCAGGACAGCCUAGAAAAUUAUUCGGGUGAGGGAAAGGAUCGGGACAAAGACGACGCUACCGCUCAAUCAGCUGGUAGAACGGUGUCAGGGGAGGAGAGGGAGGUAGAGGGGAGUGGAGAGGGGAGCAAAUUCCCUGGUGAGUUUGGAGUUAAAAUCAACAACUUGGACGGCAAUGGUGUCAAGUUGAGUCCUGAGACAGAGUCUUCACUCAGCCAGAGUGAGCCUGUGACUGUGGCCGAGCACACGACUCUGUCCCAGUGGCAGCUGGUGGAACAGCCCACCACCUCAGCUCAGGGCUCCCAGAAGACAGACACAGCAGAGGAGGCGGUGGGGGAGAUCUUCUUCGUCCGCCGUCCCACUGACAGCCUCUCCUCUGCCCCCUCAAACAGAGGAAAAGGUAGUUCCAGCCCAGGCUUCACUCCUGUUUUUAGGAAGCACAGCAAAAGCACAAGCGGCGAGGAGAUGGCGACCUCCACACACGAAGCCUCGAUGGAGGUGCUGACAACCACUGAGGUGACCACACCCAACCUUCUGAUGACCAGACACACACAGAGCACAGGUCCUGCUUCCACAGAAAACCCCUCUCACAGCUCCCCCACAGAUGAACCAUCCAUCUCCAUUUCAUGGGUUCAGGAGGACAAGGAGAAAACAACACCCGACCUGCAGGAGGAUCGAGCUACUCCGGCACCUAGUGUGGGAUCUCAAACGACUACGGGAGUCAUUCAGUUGACCACUGCGUCCACCUCCAAAGUUGGCCCCACAGAAGUGGCAUCCAGGUCUGCAGUGUCUGAAUCUUUCAUCGUGGGAAGUCGGUGGACACCUUUCAAGGGCCUGAGCCAAAAGUCGGAGGAGCACAAAGCGGAGGAGACGACGGAGAACAAAGACACAAACAACCCUUUCAGCAUCCUCAUACCCAACUGGGCCUUCGGUCACAUGCCGUCAGUGGAGAAUAACCCAUGCCAGACCAACCCCUGUCUCCAUGGAGGCAGCUGCCUGCAGGAAGGUGACGGCUAUAGCUGCUACUGUCCUCAGGGCUUCUCUGGGGAGAGCUGCGAGAUCGACAUUGACGACUGCCAGUCUAAUCCAUGCCAGAACGGAGGAACCUGCAUCGAUGAGAUCAACUCCUUUGUGUGCCUUUGUCUGCCCAGCUACGGAGGAGCUACUUGCGAGAAAGACACUGAGGGCUGCGAACACACGUGGAGGAAGUUCCACGGCCACUGCUACAGGUACUUCAGCCGCAGACACACCUGGGAGGACGGCGAGAAGGACUGCAGGGAGCACAGUGGUCACCUGGCCAGCAUCCACAGCCUGGCUGAGCAGAACUUCGUCAGAGGUCUGAGCCAUGACAACACCUGGAUCGGUUUAAAUGACCGAACAGUGGAGGACGACUUUCAGUGGACUGACAGAAUGGACCUGCAAUAUGAGAACUGGCGAGAAAACCAGCCAGACAACUUCUUCGCCGGAGGGGAGGACUGUGUGGUUAUGAUAUCUCAUGAGAAUGGCAAAUGGAACGACGUGCCCUGCAACUACAAUCUGCCCUACGUCUGCAAGAAGGGAACAGUGCUUUGCGGAGCCCCUCCCCCCGUGGAUAAUGCCUUUCUGAUUGGUCGGAAGCGCUCCCACUACGACAUCCACUCUGUAGUGCGCUACCAGUGUGCCGACGGCUUCCUGCAACGCCACGUGCCCACCGCCAAGUGUCGCGCCAACGGCAAGUGGGACCGACCCAAGAUCAUCUGCAUAAAAUCAGCACGGCGAGCCCACCGCUACCGGCGCCACCACCACAAGGGCAGGAGGGAGCGCAGGAAGCACAAGAGGCACGGCCACAGAGAGGGAGGCCACCACGGGGCAGGAGAGCCGGGCCAGGGCCACAACCACGCCCACUUCUGAACCCGGAAGAAGAAACAACCCCCUUUUCCCUUUCUCCUCUGCUGCCAACGGCAGCCUGCCUGUCUCCCUGUCGUCCACAUUUCCCCAAACCCUCCUUCACUACCUUACAGCCCAAAACUCUCUACCCAAGACCCCCCCCCCUCCCUCCCUGCCCUGCCCUUAGCUCCCCCCCUGGCUCUCCGAGUCAGCCUGUAUCAUAGUCGAGUCUGAGGCCUGCCAAAGUGCUGCCAGGCUUUACCGGGACAAAAACAACUCCCUUUAUACUCUUUCUACUUUCUUUUCUCUGUUUCACUUUCUUGUCCUAACCUGUCUGUCUCUCACCCACCCUCUCACUUGACCCAGUUACUCUCCCUUUCAAGCUCAACAAUGACCUGAAACAUGGGGCCACGGUGACCUGUUUUUGAAAAAAAAAGAAACACCUUUGAAAUCCACAGCGAACAAUCUCCAGAGAGAAGCGGUUUGGUACAAACUGUAAAUAGGUGCAUCGCUGAAAAUGCCAUAUCAGAAUCAGACGAGUCAAGGAAGAUGUCAUGUUGUUGACUUGGGCCUUUUGUCUGUUGAACACACAUUGGUUGUUUUUACAAAUUGUGUUGAUUUCUUGACUCUGCUGCCUUUGGUUUGCUCUUUGUGAGACACUGUACUUGACCUACAACGACAUGACGUUAUAACAGAUUUCACUGAUUUUCUUUGAAUCCGAGGCAGUUGUGAUUUAAUAAUUUGAUUGUUAGCGUUGUUUCUUAUUGUCGGUGUAAGACCAGAUGCUAAAACCCCCAGAGGAGAAUGGAAAAACACAUCACGUCCCAAUUCGGUUUCAUCACGUCACAUUACACAUCAGUCAAGUUUCCAGAAGUGUCAAACAAUCUCAAACAUCUCUCGUCGUGUUCAGACUUCUCGCUGCCUCUUGCUGUCAAGGGUUAAUCCGAGCGCUUGAUCUCAGUUUGUCUCAUCUUAGCUCAGCGUUCCCAUAUUUGCUUUGCCUUUCCUCAUCAUUUGUGCUGCUGUAGGAACUGUGUGCUGUGAAUUAAUCAAGGUGAUGCAGCAGGGUCACACAAGUUGUUCUUAUUCAUCUGUUCGUCCUUUGUGUUUGAGUUCUACUUUUUUGGUCUGAUGAGAAGAAAGGCCGUCAGAUUCAGAGAGAGCCACCUCUCAUGCCAUGGCCGGCGCAGGUCCAUGCGUGGAAUUUGGAUGCACUGCAAAAAAAGAAAAACACACAGUGUUUAUUUUGAUAUUUAUGGGCUGUUUCUGGCCACUUGGUGUACGUCUUUUGGCUCUGUUUUGAAUUCCACCAACCUCUGAGUUACAUCUCUGGCUCUUAAAAAGAAAUCCACUGUGUGGUAGGAGUUAUUUACUUAGUCUGUCCGGUAGAUGGUGUGAAGUAGGUUUGUCUGAAACUUAUUUUUAUUGAAAACAACUGCUUGCUGCAGAUGCAGUUCACUCUAAUGAGAGCAGUGAGAGUGAAUCAUAAUGGGUGGUAACUGUUUGGUGGGGUUUGUCACCAAGAGCGUUGCCUUUUCAAAUUGCAUAUUAUCAUUUUAUCCAUAACAUUAUUGAUUGGAGCACCAUUAAACACUUCAUCAAAUGACUGAAGAUAAGGAUUUAUGCAGUUCUCUGCCCACAUAACCAGCCCUCUAAACCAGGACAUGGACAUGUGGGGGGAACAGUCCCGACCGCUUGUUGAACCAAAGGUGUGCUCUGAGUGUGUGUGUGUGUGUGUGUGUGUGUGUGUGUGUGUGUGUGUGUGUGUGUGUGUGUGUGUGUGUGUGUGUGUGUGUGUAUGUGUGUGUGUGUGUGUGUGUGUGUGUGUGUGUGUGUGUGUGUGUGUGUGUGUGUGUGUGUGUGUGUGUGAAUGAUUGAGGCCGACGACAGUGGCUCAGGUCCCACAGGACGAUGAUAGAGAGGGGCAGCAGGGAUUAAGGUUUCCCCAUUCCUGGGGCAGGCGGAGUCUCGCAGCUCCCUCCACCUGUGCCUGCUGCUGCAGCAGCAUGUCCUGCUUUAAAGAGGGGAUUGAGAUGAACAGAACAAGAACUUUGCUCUCCGCUCCCUCCACUUUAUUGUGCUGGGUUGUUUUUUUUUAAAGCUACCACUUUAGCUUCUGGGAUUAUAUCCCAAACUCUUGUUCUGCGUUUUUUCCCCUCCACCACCUCUCCUAGCACUUUUCAUUUAUCUCCCUUGCACAAUAUUCUUUUUACUGUCACUGACUUUUUACAUCAGAGAAAUAGAGGAAGAUAGGCACAGUUAAAUUUAAUUCAACCUGCUCUUUAUUGCUGACGGAAUACACGCAGCUAUUUCGGCAGCCUUUCAAACAACUUGUUAAAAGAACACUAAAGGGGGAUUUAUAAUAAAGUCACGAGGUAAAAGAGAAGAGAGAAAAUCAAUGCUGGGCACAUUAAUUCUCUGCCUUUGUUUGUCUGUUCUCACCUUGGCAAUGACAACAGUCCUCUGCAUGGGGGGGGGCAGUGAUCCUACACCUCUUUAUCAGUCUAAUUAAUCUGCUGCAUGCCUAAUGAACGAGUUGCAUUAUCUUCAGAACCACAGAGGAGCGAUGACAAGGGAAGGGUUAGGGUGACGGACAGCCAGAGGAAUGUUUAGUGUGAUGGACAGGAGGCCCAGAGAAAUGUCACAGCCGUCAAACCACUGACGUUUCUCAGAUUCAUAGACUGCUGUGGGCUUUCUUUUUUCCUUUUUUCUUUUUUCUUUUUUUUUUUUUGAAAAUGGAUUGACCACGGUUGGACGAAUGAAAGGGCAGACAGGAGCUCCUCUCACGGUAAUUCAAAUCUGAGUCGCCGUCCUCCUGAGACAGAGUAAUUACAUUUUGAUCCAUCACAAACUUUCUAAAAAAAUUAAUAAUGUGAUGAAGUUGAUAAGGAACAAAAUUCGGACUGGAAAACAUUGAGGACACAGUUUUGGGACAAAAUGAAAUGAAUAGAUUACUUGUUGAACUAAUGAUUAAUCUGCUCUUCUAUCUUGUGCUGGUGCUUUUUGUCGCCUCUGCAGAGAUUAUUAAGUCUACAACAAAAACACCACACAUUCAUGCAAAUCAUCUCCCCUUAAUGAGAUGCUCCACACUGAUCAUUAUCUGGUCGGAAAAAAGUUUGAAAAGUUCGACCUGACUUCCUCUGUCUGUCUAUGCCAUGUCUAAUAAAAAUAGACAUUGCCUAAGCAGAUCUGUUUGGUUUGUAAUGGGGAUGUUGCCUUCUGGGCCGUGUGGUACCUCCUCGCAGUGAGGGCCUACACUUUGUCCUUUUUUGAAAGGUGUUACGCUUCCUCACAGCAUCUCUCUCACAAUAUCACUUUAAAGCCCCAGUGUGUAAUUGUUUGUAAUUCACCCGACAGGGGACACUUUAUGGUGGCGCACCGCUAAUGCUGUUUCUGGCAGCGCUGAAAAUUCAACGCGAGUGCGACGUAUUCUGGACUUUUUUGUGCAACCGUGAGGUCCACCUGAUUUCAAAGUUGAAUGAGUUAAAUAUAGUUGCAGGUGAUUAUACAUAAAUUAGCACAUAGUCAUCAACAAUACAUUCAAUUUCUAUGAUUAAGUUCUUCUAAAUAUUACACACUGUAGCUUUAAGUAUUGAAUGCGUGAAGACAUAUUUUCUCCCUCACAUAUAAUCGUCUGAACCUCUCAGACCUCCCUCCUCCACUCACACCCCCCCUCUCCCUUCACCUCAUUGGUUCUCUUCAGUCGGAGUCCUGAAAGCAGGCCGACAAGCGAUGAAGCCUCAUAAUUGCGAGUCUUAAUUUCUCUGAAUUAAUCUCAUGCUGUCUCCCGUCCCAGCGGCGAUAUCUGGCAUCUGAGGCGAGAGCAGCGGGCAAAGCAGUGAACACGUUCACAGCCAGCAGGCCUCUCCUCGGGCCGAGCCACCUACUGUAUCCCUCACUCAGCUGAAGACUUGUGGGCUCGGCCGAGACGAGAUGAGAGCGUGUGAGUGACAGCUCUGUGUUCUGGCAGUGGCGACUGAUUGCACUCUGUCUAAACAGCCGAAGGCGGGGGAGCACGACUUGAUUAAGAUUGUUGUACGUUACGUGUCGUGAGUGGGAGUGUGUCUUGCUGAAUCCGUGUGCCAUUGACUCUGGAUGUGCUUGUGUCUCAGCAGAUGGCUCCAACUGCAUCCUGAGCGUUCGUACAACAAGAGGAAAUAGUCAGUGUUCGAGGGAGAAAAAACUAAAUGGGUUCAUGGAACACAAAUCUUUAUGCAUGAAGUUUAAUGUAAAAGAACAAAUGACGCAAAUUAGACCCAUUGAAAGUUUAAAACAACUCUGUAACUCCCUUCCCUUUUCUUAAUGCUGCUGUCCAGCAUCGUUUUCAAACAGAGCUCUGUAAAAGGCUCUUUCAGGUCCAGUUGAGUGUGGUUAAGGGACCGUAUCUGGCAGAAAAUGGAAUAUAGUAUUCAUAAUUGCGUUUUUAUCAGUGUGUAAUCACCUGGAACUAAGCAUUGUUUUUGUUUUCCUUAGCUCAGAAGGAGUGCUUCAUAUCUAGGGAGCAGGUCUUGUUCACCAUGUGUCCACAGAUGCCCAGAACGGACCAAGAGAGGGAACUCUCACUUUUUACGAAGCCUGAAGGCCACCGUACAGUAGGUUCUCGUACGCAGGCGGAGGCAGGGUAUUGAGAGGUAUUCAGCCGGGGUGCAAUAUUCCACCGAAUCCUACACACUGAACCUUUCAAUGUGCUCGUGAUGGCUCCAUUCAUGACAUCACGCUAAAAGACUGAGACUAAAACUCUGUCUCCUGCACAAAGAGACUCCGUUCUCUCCAGUUGAUAAUCCUUGGACAGUGUUGAAAAAUCACGGACAUGGAGCCACGUAGCCCAUACCAUAAUAAAUGCAAUGUAAACCCAGUGUUACACUUUUGCUCAUGCGUAGUGAUUUUUGAAAGGCUCACAUAUAACAGACACAACUCGCCAAACCCAUUUGAAUGCAGGACAGCGCUCUCAUUGCAGCCCAGUGUACACCAGGGCCAUGUGGAGAAAUCCAAAGUGUGACGGGCCGACUUCUCUUACCAAACCAUCGUUAGGGUAUGAUUGGAGGGAAGAAGCGCUCAUCGAAAGGUGAAUUCUGUCCCUGUGAGCGUGAGACGACCCGCAAACAAAGUGUGGAAGAGAAAAAGCUGAGAACCUCUGUUUGCUUCCUGUGCCCUAACAACUGUCCCUUACUGUAAACCUGAGGCACUCAAACGCAGCACUUGGUCGGCAAUGACAACCUCACAGAAGUGGUCGAGGCUGUUGUCCUCAGUCGCACACAGACAGACUAUUGAUUUCGGGAUUAGCCUGUCUGUCUUGGGUUCCUAUUAAGUUUGUCGAUGGCAUUGGCAGCACAAUCGCGGCGAUUGACCGCCAGGAUAAUUCCUAAAUGACGGGGAAACAGACAGUCUUUGUCUCCUGCACUCCACUGUCCACCUGCGAACGGGCGACUCGAGUACACGGUUCGACCCGGAUGUUGUUUAUCAUUAUCUUAUUGUUCUUACUCUUGUUUCCAGCUCCUCAGACCUUUCACAACUCGUUCUUUUCCUCUUGUGGCCGGCUGCAUCGCCUCUUUAACUGGUCAGUGUCUUUUGUAUAGCUUCACCCCCGGUGGUAUUUGUAUUGCAUUGUGUCUCCGUCUGAUACUGAGUUGAGACAAUUUAUCAUUGUCGAGAGGAUGGAUGGAUGGAUGGAUGGGGUUCAGUGAGAGAUUGAGUAAUGAAAGAGACAAACAGAGCAGAAACCAAUAACAAACACUUCUCUUCUCUGUGAUGUAAAUAUUCUGACGUUUUUCCUUUCAUUUGUUUUGAAUCCAUUUAAACUCUGGGUGUGUUUGUUGCUUAAAGCCUCUCUGGACCACAUUCAUACAGCCUCUGUAGAUCCACAACACAUCUCCCUCUUUCUGUCCGCCCCUCCUGCUCACACACACACACACACACACACACACACUCUGCCCCGAAGCAAGGUGAGGGUUCACCGUACAGACCAACUUCACUUCUUUGCAGUGCAUGAAGUAGAAAACAAAAAGUGCCGGUACUCCCUUUAUUCACAUGUGGCAUGUAUAUCAGCUGGUGUUAGCGAAUGACUAAUAUUACUUCAUGAAAUUCUGCAGUGAGUAAAAGAUACGAGGAGAAAAUGUAAAUUGUAAAGUUAAAAAUGACUGGACCUUAGUUACACAUCUUGCAGACUUAUGCGUACAAUGUUUCCAACAAUGGUCAAACUCAGAGAAGUCUGUCAUCUCGCCCGAGCCAACAGCACGUUUCAUUCUGCUCCAGGUCGGCAUUUGCUGUUUGGUUAGAAAUAGGAUUUGACCUUUGUGGCUCCGAGUCAUCGUCGCCAGGCCAACAUUACUGCCCUCUUGUUCUUCUCUUACUCUCGCUUAUCCAACAUUGCGACAUCCAGACUCUUGCGAGAACGAGGACAGGUGAGCGUCACGUAGUGCCUGCUGGGUAACGUCGAUUAUCAAGGGCCUCAGUGAACCGGCCAGAGAGUCUAAUAUGAAGUACUGGCAGCUUGGCUACUCCAAAGAGUUAAAUGUAGAAGUGGUACCGCUGCGUGCUCCACCCCCCCUCCCCACUCCCAGCCCCCACCACUUCGAGCACUGGUCCUUUGGCAAACUUCAGUCUGUGUCUGCGUGUGUUAACUGUGAGCACAGACACAACGUAUUACUGCAACUGAGCCCACCUCCGGCCGUGUGAACGUGGUCCACAAGUAUCUAUCCAUAUUUAUUGAUGUAUGUUCUUAUGAAUUCCAGUCCUGUCAUUGUAUAAUAUUCUUUACAAGACAAGUGAUCAUUAAAGAAAACCCUUGUUUGGAUCUGU